AUGGACCUUAAUAAGACUAUAGCAAUGCCUUUUAGUUACAGGCUAUUUCAUAAGAAAAUCCUACAUUGCAUGAACAUCUAAAGUCAAUCCAUUAAUUUCUGA